AUGGAGGAACUCAGACAAGUAGUGUUUACUAUGAAUCGAGAUUCAGCAGCAGGUCCUGAUGGUAUAGGGGGUAAAUUUUAUCAAGCUUGUUGGAUUAUCAUUAAACAAGAUUUGCUGGCAGCUGUACAAUCUUUCUUUUGUGGUAACACUAUGCCUAAGUUCUUGAUUCAUGCAUGUUUGGUUUUGCUUCCUAAAACUAAGCAGCCUAUCAGAUUCAGAGAUAUCCUACCUAUCAGCCUUAGUAAUUUUACUAAUAAGAUAAUUUCCAAAUUAUUGAGCAUGAGACUGGCUACUGUUUUUCCCUUAUUAUUAUCGGAUAAUCAGUCAGGCUUUGUUCGAGGUAGAAGCAUUACAGAAAGUAUAAUUCUUGCUCAGGAGAUUACUCAUGGUAUUAAAAAACCUCAGAUUGGAAAUAAUGUUGUUAUCAAACUUGAUAUGGCCAAGGCAUAUGAUAGAGUGUCUUGGUCAUUCAUAUGUUUGGUACUAAGGAUAUUUGGUUUUGGGGAGUAA